AUUGCAACAUUUUUUGAAAACGCCAUUUUUUACGUUACGAAAAUCACGAGAAUUUGCGAUUUGUUGUUAAUUUUAACGAAAUAAUCGAUUGUGUUGAAUUCUUGAUAUUACUAUUGCUGUAAUUAUAAUUAGAUGUGCAAAACAUCCACGUAGAUACUGACUCGGAAGAUCAAUACCAAGUAAUCAAAAUGAGUGAUUCUCCUGAUCAGCCUGAGCCCCCAAAGGACCCAAAGGAGUUGGAAAAAUUAGAGGAAGCAAAAUUAAAGGCGAAGUUUCCUAAUGCCAUGCUUGGAAGAGGACCAGGAGGCCACUCUGCAUUCCUACAGAAGAGGCUAGCUAAAGGGCAAAAAUUCUUCGACUCUGGAGAUUACCAAAUGGCUAAACAGAGGCCAGGCAACUUGGCUCAACCAUUCAAGGCUCCUGCUGCCCCUGCUAAGCUGCCAACUGGUGAUGCCAUCCCCACUCCUGAAACCGUCCCGCUGCGCAAGACAUCCAUCAUCCAGCCCAAGUUCCAGGCGCCCAGCCAGACUUCCUAGCCCACAGUGUCCGUUGUUGACAUUAGGCCGUGUCACUAACUAAUAUUCCAGAAGGCCUGUACAAUGUUCUCUUCUACAAUCAUUAUAAACAUGGCUUCACUAAGUUAAUAGAAUGCAAGUGACUGUUUGCACAUUCCCAGUCGAAGCUCCUUAUUAUAUGAGCAUUAUUAUCAAAUAAAUAUUUGCAUGCAUUGUUUUCCUAGUGAGGCCUAGAACAGAUAUAUAAAGUGUAUGAGAUAAACAUAAUGAUUGCAUUACAUCACAUUUUAAUCACAUACAUUUUAUUUGUUUCUAUCAAUAAUCUAUUGUAGAAAGUCAUUGUAUUUUAGGGCACAUUUUUAUUUUGCAAGUAACGCGUCGCACUCGGCAUCGCUUUUAUUUUUAUAUAAAUGUUCACUUACAAUAAUGUUGCAUUAAUUCAUUUCUCAUCACAUAACAUUUUUCUUAGCACCUUGAUUGAUAGUUAAUUAUCUACAUUGUGAUUCGUAAUUAGUCUGUGUUGAAAUUUAAACAAAACUUUUAUAAGAACAGCUGUUAUAUUGAUGUAUAAUAAAAUUAAUAAAUUAGUUAUAGUGUUGUGUGUUAAGGAUGCGUGUGAAUUAUGUUCUAAUGAUAUUGUCAUAUUCUUGUUCAUCUCUAGCCAUGUGCCAGUGGUUAAGUUAAUGUCGUCACUUGCCAAACAUGCCUGUAAACGGGUGUUGUUUGUGGUAUUGUGGUACACUACUCAUAUGCUUCACGCUGCACUGAUUCUAACAUGACGCAUACAUAUUUACCGAACUUUUUGACUUCUGCGAAAGUGACGAUUGUAUGAUCUUGCCCAAAGUAUUUGCAAGGUCUUAUUAAUUGUAUCCAAAAUAAAAAAUGUUACAAUAUCUUUUAUAAAAUAUUUAUUUUAAAUGAUCCAGUGAUAAGUAAUAAAAUAUGGCUGACAUGUAAAAUAACAUCAGAUGCAGCAAAACUGGCUAUGUUAAAUUUUUUACGUAAAAUUAUUCCAGCUAAUAUUAGUACUAGUAGUUCAAUGUUAGAUUGGUUGAAUCUUUGUUCUAUAGUAAUGGCCAGAUAUAGACACGUUCUUUUAGAUAUAAACAUAUGCUGUAGAAUGUAUUGUCAUCACUUUUUAAAAACCAGUAAUGUACAUAAUAUGUGUCAGUUUUAACAAAAAAUGUAAUGCUUUAGAAAUAGAUGAAUCAUGUAAUAUCAAUAUAUUCACAUAAUUAUGUAUCCAGUAAUAUUUCAAUGUGAUGGCAGUAGAGACUGUAUAUAUGCCAUAGUACUGAGUAAAUAAGAGGGUAAAAUACAUGAAUAAGGAUUAAAAUAAGACAAUGGACUUGAGAUCUGCUCUCUAGUGCGCUGAACACAAGAUAUGAGCAUAGAAACCAUUUGGGCAAGUGUUUUAUUUUUAUACAUGUAGCUCAUUUGCGCGAUUUUUGUAUGUGUUAAGUACAUUUUAGGAGCCUAGACAUAAUAUAGUUUGCUUUACCAGAAGGUAAUGCUUUCACUGCUAAGCUCCUAGAAUGCGCCUAAACCUCACGGUGUGAUUGUCGUCGGCAGUCUCUUAGUUUCAUGUUUUACUCACGUAAUAUUGAUGUUCGUCUAUAAAAUAGAUUGUAAAGCAGUCUGUAUUGCGUGUCAAUAGCCGGGACGUACAAACCACAUGUAUAACGUUCGCACGAGAGUGAUAAGUGAAUGGUAUGGAUUAAGGGAAUGUUGAAAAGAUAGCUACUAUUAAAUAUAAAAUAAAUUCUUGGUAAAAAAAA